ACAACUCACAAGCCUUUGUUACUUCUCUCCUUUUCUCUCUCUCUUUUCCCUCCAAACAUUUUCCAUUUUGGAGAAGAAGGGGAAAGCAGAAAAAGUUCAUUUUCUUUUCAAGAAAAAACAAAAAGAAACAACACACAAUGAGGGAGACGAGCAAUGUUCAUUAUUCUACCAUUUUCACUAUUAUUCUUGUAUUAGUUAGUACUUUACAAAGUGUAUAUGCUGACAACCCUUAUAGGUACUACACUUGGAAAAUCACUUAUGGAGAUAUUUACCCUCUGGGUGUCAAACAACAGGGGAUCUUGAUAAAUGGGCAGUUUCCAGGGCCACAGAUUGACUGUGUAACUAAUGACAAUUUGAUUAUCAGUGUCUAUAACUACUUGAAUGAGCCUUUUCUCAUUUCUUGGAAUGGUAUACAACAAAGGAGGAACUCAUGGCAAGAUGGAGUUUAUGGAACAACAUGUCCAAUUCUACCUGGAAAAAACUUCACUUAUACCCUCCAAGCAAAAGACCAGAUAGGCAGUUAUUUCUACUUCCCAUCACUUUCAAUGCACAAGGCAGCAGGGGGAUAUGGUGCCAUCAGAAUCUAUAGUCGUCCUCGAAUUCCAGUACCUUUUGCUCCACCUGCUCAUGAUUUCACUGUACUAGCUGGAGACUUGUACAAGAGAAGUCACAGGCAACUGAAGUACAUUUUAGAUAGUGGUCAUGAUCUUCCGUUACCUGAUGGUCUUAUCAUCAAUGGUCGUGGAUGGAACGGAUACACAUUUACAGUUGAUCAAGGCAAGACAUAUAGGUUCAGGAUAUCUAAUGUGGGGAUUGCAACAUCAAUUAAUUUCAGAAUUCAAGGGCAUACAAUGAAACUGGUUGAAGUUGAGGGAUCACAUACACUUCAAACAACCUACACUUCACUUGACAUCCAUCUAGGACAGUCUUAUUCAGUUUUUGUCACAGCUAAUCAGCCUCCAAAGGACUAUUAUGUCGUGGUCUCUUCACGCUUCACCAGACGAGUGCUAACCACUACUGCUGUUCUUCACUACAGCAACUCAUGGACAAAAGUCUCUGGACCUCCCCCUGGAGGGCCUACUACUCAAAUCAAUUGGUCCCUUUACCAGGCCAGAUCUAUUCGUUGGAAUCUUACUGCAAGUGGACCAAGGCCUAAUCCUCAAGGUUCCUACCAUUAUGGAUUGAUCAAGCCAUCGCGCACAAUCAUGCUUGCCAACUCUGCUCCAUAUAUAAACGGCAAACAGAGAUAUGCUGUCAACAGUGUCUCAUACACUGAUCCGGAUACCCCACUAAAGCUGGCUGAUUACUUCAACAUUGGAGGAGUUUUCAACCUUGGUAGCAUCUCUGACCAGCCUUACAAUGGAAAUGCCUAUAUUGGAACCCCUGUCAUGGACGCCAACUUCAGAUCUUACGUUGAGAUCAUUUUCCAAAAUUGGGAGAACACUGUCCAAUCAUGGCAUAUAGAUGGCUAUUCUUUCUUUGUUGUUGGUAUGGAUGGUGGACAAUGGACUCCAUCAAGUAGAUCACACUACAACUUAAGGGACACGAUUGCACGUUGCACCGUUCAGGUGUACCCCAAGUCAUGGACUGCAAUAUACAUGGCAUUGGACAAUGUAGGAAUGUGGAAUAUAAGGUCUGAGAAUUGGUCAAGGAGGUACUUGGGACAGCAAUUCUACUUGAGAGUUUACUCCCCAGCAAAUUCUUGGAGAGAUGAACUUCCAAUACCAAAGAAUGCUCUUCUUUGUGGCAGAGCUAGAGGUCACCACACCAGGCCUCUUUGAAACAGUAAUAGUUCUAGCUAGUUUUCUGUCACGAGAGGGUGACCGGCAUAUAUCAACGUAAGCUAGGGGAAAGAUCUAAUCAGGGAAGAGUUAAGAAGCUGAGUUUGGACUAUGACUUAUAGUCUUCUUCUUUUCUUUCUAUAUGAUAUAUGUAUCCUGUUUUUAAUUGUUGGAAGUGAUCAUUUUUCAUUU